UGUGUUUUGUUUACAUGACAAUUUUGAUUUAACUCAGUAUUUAUUUGUUGACAUUGAAUGAUGUUUUUCUAAGGAUGGUACUUUGUUAUUUAAUUUGGUAUUAUUGAUAAAAAUGUAAUGCAUGAUAAUAAUAUUUUAUUUGCAGUGCAGGAAGGCAAUAUCGAGGUCCUAAUGGAUCAACAAUUGGUGAUAAUUGAAGAACAACUUACUGAAGAACAAUUGAAUAAUCCAAUUUAUCAACUUAUAAAAGAUACAACCGAUGGAAAAACUAUAGUGAAAUACUAUUUAACUCAUAAUCAUGUAGAGAAAAAUUUAAGAAAUCUAUUGACUCGAAUAAUUUUGAGAGCUGAAGCUAAUAAAAUUUUUGGUCCAGUUGACAUUAAUAACGAACCAAAAUCUCUUCCGAAAUUCAGAAUAACAGUGACAAGAUUCAAAGAGUUAGCUAAUCAAAUUGUCAAUCUUUUUCCUUGUGAAAAUGUCUUAACAUAUUACAGUCCAUAUGUCGAAGUCAACAAGAGACGAAUAAACUCAUCGGGAACUAUGUGGGAUCAUUAUAAUUAUUUGAAGAAAAAGUUUCGUGCAGGAAAAAUUCUCGAUGCUAGAAAUAUUUUGGAAGAAGAACCUGAUUAUGCAGCUAAUGAAACAGAAGUAAAUCAAUUAGAGUGGUUGAAAGAUCAUUUGGAUCCUAAAGACGUGGUCCUUCAAUACUGGAAUAAUACAUAUGAUUUAAGACACGCAAAGUUAAAGGCUGGACUUUCUGUUUCUGAAUACUUUUCCAACAUUCCAGCAUUGGGAGUAGCUCAAGGAAUUCAACUAAUUCAAGCAGACUUCAAACACAUAUACUCUGAAAAUUUAUUUAACCAGAAUCGAUGGCGUAUCAUAAAAAAUUAUUUGAUGAAUCGGUUGAUGAAUGGGUCUUUUAUAAAGACUUUGCAGGACGAGGCCUUGCUUUUAUUAUUACCAACAUUGCUUGCUCAUAAUCAAGAUGCAGUGAUACUCUACUUGCUACCAAACUUGAUUCAAGGUGGCACAAAAAAAAAACAAAUGAUCAAAACCAAGUAGAGCUGACUAAAUUUACGCCUGUAGAACAACGUUCUUAUUUUUUAAUUCACGUCGAGACACCACAAGCAUUACAGGCAACAGUAGACAAGAGGAUUGAUGAGUUAUUCAAUGCUGGAUAACCUCUGCAACCAAUUCCAUUUCUUAUAGGGCCUCUUACUGGAAUUACUGGAGCACGCAUCGUAAUCAAUAAAAUAAUAUAUAAAACUUCGUCAGUCAUGGAAGCAAUUAACAAUUGUUUCCAGAGUUUUUUUGCGUUAGAUUGUGAAUAUCCAAAACGAGCGUAUAACUUAUGGCUUUUUAUACAAAGAGCUCUAUACAACAUAAAACUGCGAAUCGACCGAACUAAUCGAUCGAUAAAUGUAUUAGAAGGUGAAAUCGAUUUACUUUUAAGACAAAAUAACGUAUGACAGCACAAAGAAAAUCUUUUCUAUUUUGUUAUUACAAGAAAUAUUUUUAAGAGUUCAAAGUGCAACAAUAAUGUAACCAUUCAUAUUAAAGUUUUCAUUUAUGUGAUCAUUUCCUAACAAAAUAAAAAAUUUAUAUUUCAUUAA